CGCCCAUGGUGUGCUCGCGGUGGCGCAGUUCAUACUUCAUAGGCUGUUAGGUACGAGAGGGGAGAGAGUUGAAGCGCCUGGGACCGGCGGCCGCCGCUGCGGGCCGGGCUAACCCCGUCUCCUUUCCCCAAAGGCGCUCGAGCUUCAGGCAGCUUCCAGGCCCGUGGAUGCAAAAGCUCUGACAGACAGGAUAUUUUUCAAUAUUAUGGAGAACAAGCCGCACCAUCUGAGCGAUGAACCCAUGAAGAUGUCGUUCAAACUGUUACAAGAGAUUACAAAUAAUUUUGAUGAGGACAGAAGACUUGGCAAUGGUGCGUUUGGAGAAGUUUACAAGGGAGUUCUUGAUGGGAAAGACAUUGCCGUGAAGAAGCUCCGCGCCAUGCCAGGGAUUGAUGAGAAGCAAUUCGAAAAUGAAUUUGGGCACCUUAGGAGGCUCAAGCACCAUAAUAUCGUGCAAUUAGUGGGCUUCUGCAACGAAGAAGAGGAAGUUGUUGUAAAUCAUGAAGGGAAAGAAGUACUCUCUUUAGAUAUACACAGGGCACUCUGCCUGGAGUUUGUGCCCAACGGAAGCCUUGGAAGCUGUCUUUCUGGACAAUGUCUUGGGCUUGAUUGGGAUGUACGCUUUAAAAUAAUUAAAGGCAUAUGUGAAGGUUUAAAAUACCUUCAUGAUGUUUCCGUUAUGCACUUUGAUCUAAAACCAGACAAUAUAUUACUAGAUGAGAAAAUGGUGCCGAAAAUAGCAGACUUCGGUUUAUCAAGGCUAGUGGGGAAAGAGAACACCAUAAUAACAAUGACUCCUCUAGGGACACUAGGAUUCUUGCCACCAGAGUUCAUAAACAAGCAAGUAAUCUCAAAAGAGUAUGACAUAUUUAGCUUGGGAGCUAUAAUUAGAAGGAUAUUGACCGGAGUAAUGGACAAGGAUAGUAUUCCUUACUUGGAUGAACGGGAAUCAUGUGAGCUGACGUUUCUGCUUUUGUUUUUAAAGGUACACAACUACUGGAAAGAAAAGUUAGAGGAGAUACCAGCUCAAUCACUUGAAGCAGUGUGCAAACAAGUAAGGAUUUGUAUUGAGAUUGCAGUUGAUUGCAUGGAGACUGACCGACGCAAAAGGCCUAAGAUGAAGGAGAUCGUUUGUAGACUUAAAGAGGUAGAAACUAAGGAUAACCAUUCAUGCCCGCAGAUAAAUCAGUGGAAGCUGAGCGUUCAGAGUAUACCACAUAUUAAUACACAAGCGUCGGAGUCAAGCCUUCUGAGUACUUUACCCAAGAAACUAUCAUCAGAAUAUUUGAAAGCAAUUACGGAUGGAUUCUCUCUUGAGAGAAAGCUCAGUCAAGGUUCCUUUGGAACAAUGUAUAAGGGCAUUCUAGAAGAUGGGACAGAGAUUUCCGUGGAGAAGCUUGAGGAAAGUUCUUCAGUGAUACCUGAAAAAACAUUUCAAUCUGUGGUUGCCAAUAUAAUGGCGCACCGGCACGAAAAUAUAGUAAAGUUAGUUGGCUUCUGUUAUGAAACAGAGAAGAAGAUGGUGGAGCAAAAUGACACGCAUAUUCUUGCUGAUCUGGUAGUAGCACCUCUACUGUGCUUCGAGUAUGUGCCUAAUGGGAAUCUUUCCAAGUAUAUUUAUGGUGAAUCUUGUCAACUUGAUUGGAAUACGCGUUUGAAAAUAAUCGUGGGCAUUUGCCAGGCGUUCAAAUGGAUGUGUUACAUUCCAAUUGUCCAUACGAAUCUUACGCCUAAAAAUAUUUUAUUGGAUAAUAAUAUGAGGCCAAAAAUUGCCGGUUUGGGUGUCUCUAGACUCUUCGGUGAAGGACUCCAGAGGAGCACAUGGGAUGUUGUGGGAGAAUUACAAUACAUCGCUCCAGAAUAUUUGCAAAAGGGAGAAAUCUCCAGCAGAGCGGACAUGUACAACUUAGGUGUUUUAAUUUUGGAGAUUGUUACAGGAGAGAAAAUGAGCCCUCAAAAUGAAGAGAACCUCUACUCUGCUACCUUAUAUGCCGACAAUGUACGUCAAAACUGGACAGAUGACGACAUAUCAUGGAAUUACCCAUCAUUGGAGACUUGUUGCAUUGAUGACAUAAAAACAUGCAUAAUGAUUGGACUGAUGUGUGUCGAGAUGAAUCCCCGGAGAAGACCUUGUAUAGUGGAUAUUGUCGACAAGCUGAGAUAUACUACAUCUGUAGGCGCAAUGCCGAAUAAGACAUCCGGCUCCAUUAGCUUUCUCAGGGUGCAACCCCGGCGACUCUGCUUCCCAUGUGUGCAAAAAAGGUUGAACUCCUCCUCGUUGUACUUAACAAACAGCACAAAAUACCGUAUCGCCUUCAGUCUCCAGACGGAUAACCCAAGGAGGUACCAUACAAUGCUACCGUUUUGCGGCAUUGUGCCAUCAAAGUGCAGCUACACUCUCACUGUGACAAUGCGCGAGCAGAAGAAGAAAGCACCUUCCAACAAUGACGAAUUUCUCACUCUGCAAAGUAGCAUAGUGCCUGCUCAAGACCUCAAGAAUGUAACCCCAGAUUCCGUUGCCGUGUUUUUUGAGGAAGUAAGAAUUAUGGGCGAUCAUGAGGUGCAAGAGGUGAAGAUACCGGUCGUGUGUAACCCACCAGAUGCGACUGCCCCAGAUCAGGUACCGGUUGCGUGUAACCCACCAGACAAGGCUGCCCCAGAUCAGUCGAUCCGAUCAGCAGCAAUAGCGACAGAGAUCAUAGCUACUCAGAACUAUCGGCAGGUACUGUCCAUACAUGUUCAUUCAACAGAGCCAUGGAUCUUGACGACCAACAACAGGGGUAAUGUUUCCAUAUGGAAUUACCAGACGAACGCAACAGUCAACUCAUUUGAAGUGAAUAAUGCAGAUGAACCAGUAUAUUCGGCAAAAUUCAUUGAGCGGGAGGAAUGGCUAGUGGUUGGAGGUAGUGAUGGGUACAUCUAUGUGUACAGUUAUGAAUCUUAUGAUACAAUGGAAGAAGUAGAGUGCUUCAAAGCUCAUGAUGGCUACCACAUCACGUCUUUGGCUGUGGAACCAACCUAUUCUUUCGUGCUGUCGACAUCUGAUGACCACCUGAUUAAGCUAUGGACCUGGGAGAAGGGCUGGGAAUGCAUUCAAACAUUUCUAGGGCACUACAACAAAGUCACACAAGUAAUGUUCGACCCCAGGGACAGCAAUAGAUUUGUAAGUGCGUCCUUGGACCGCACAGUCAAGAUCUGGAGCAUCGACUCUGCUACAUGCAACAUCACGUUGCAUGGGCAUACAGAUGGUGUUCUCUAUCUUCAGUACUUCUCCAGUGAUAAUCAGCAGUUUCUGAUGGCCGGCUCGUCAGAUGGUGCUGCCAAGAUCUGGGACCUAGCAACAGAAUGUCCUGUCAGUAUGAUAGAAGGAGAUGGAAACCAGCUCAAUGCUCUCUGUCUGCAUCCAGAACUGCCGCUAGUAAUUACUGGUUUUCAAGAUGGGACCAUCCAAAUCAGGAAAUCCACUAGCACUGCAUAUAGGCUUGAAAACAUAACUGGCUUUAACCUCGGCGCAGUUAAAGCUCUUGAAUACAUAAAUGGGCCAAGAAGGAUUGUGGUCGGAUGUGACCAAGGAAUAGCAAUGAUGGAAGUUAAGGUGCCGUGAAUUUAGGACGUACUGUAAGGUCAUAGAGCACCACGAUGAGUUUGGUGGCUGGUGAGAAGUUCUGAAGAAUCGAACAGAUAUAGCACCUAAAGCUGCUACCUCAAGCAAAUUUCUGACUUUGGACAACAAAUUGUGCAGUGCGUCAUCACCGGUGUCAUUCUGUCCACCGCCACCAAUGUGCCAUCGGCCACCGUCUAAUUUCCUAUAAGUGGUGUUAAAGCAUAUAAGAUAACCAAACAUUGCAGUCCAAGACCCUUUUGGAGUCAGCCCGAAAAAUACUAAAUUGUGUGUCCCUUUGGGUCCAUGCAACUUGCAAGCUGCUGCGUCUGGGCCCCAAAGAUCCUUGCUCGCUGCAUCCUGCCGCUCUUGGCGUGCUACAUUCUCCUCAUACCCAUCCAAUCUUCAUUCUGUGCCGAAUUUCUACCUCUCGUCAUCUAAUUCAAUGCCCAUUUUCAAGCUCCUGAUCUCCCUUCUGACAAUGGUCGUCAUAAGAUAAUAUAAGCACAUGUAAGGUUAUUGAUCCGACCAACAAGAACUUCAUCCUUUGCUGUUUGAUUCCUCAAGAAAUUUAUCAGAAGAUGCAUUUCGGUGGCACUUCCUAUCGCCAACUAAUUUGCUGCCGCAAUGGAUAGUCUUGUUGUUGAUGUGUUCAGUAGUGCCAAUGUUUCACCUCCACGUCUCCCAUUCAGCAGAGAUUUUGAGAGGGAUUUCUACUACAGAGGCACUUUGAUCUCCCUGUUUGAUUGGCCGGUUGGAAGUGACCCUUGGUCUGAACUCCAACUUUCUGAUGCACGAAUAGAAUAUAAUGGUCAAUGCAUCGACAUGGAUGAUUCUUAUAAGAUCUACACAUUGCAGCUAUCCCCCCAGCUUGAGGUCUGCAGAAUAAAUAUAACAGCUGAGUGGGU